CAGAAUGCGACGUCAUCGAUCUGCUGCCAGUAGAAUUGUGGUCAAAGUGUAAACAUCAGAAGGAAAAUCACAGACUAUAUGAUCAGAGUUAUUAAAAGCAGCCAGGUACUCUAAAGUCCUGCCAUUGACUGCAUUGUCGUUGUUGCCACACGAGCAGGACAAUAUGAAUCCGCUCAGUUCAGAGAAGGAAACGUUGAUUGAUGAAAUUGAACAGAGUUUAUUCACUUUAACUGUGGACAAUUUACGUUACCUGUGUGAACGUCAUGGCAACGAUGGAUUGGAAAUUAAAGGGAUGAAUCAUCGCUUAUUAAGACGUAAAGUCAUGGAGGAAAUGUGGGACAAUACGGAGUCAAUGAAAUCAGAGGAGCAGGGAAUGUCUUGGUUACUCCGACUUAAAGAGGACAUCAGAAGGAUGCUGGAGGAUGCUAGUGAUGAGGAAAUUAGUCCCAGCAAGUCCGAUGAUGAUGAUGCUGUAGACUAUGAAGAAGAAUGCGAUAAAGAGGACAGCGAUUGGUUGCCUAGCAAUGGACUGAAGGCGGAACACUUGAGUUCCAGCCAAUCCGAUGAUGGCGCUGCAGACUGCGACAAAGACUGGGACGUGGAGGAAAACGAUUGGUUGGCUAGCGAUGGGCUGGAGGCAGAGUCAGAUCCGGAGAGGCACACUCCAGAGCAGAGAGACAAGCCUCGCCCGCAACCCUCCCCUUUGUCAGAGUGCCCAGGUCGUGCCUAUCCCAGUAGUACCUUACUGCAGGGUCAGAAGAGGGUGUCCGUGCGGCUAGUCGACUGCAGGAAAACACAGGGGCAGAGUGGCCAUAUAAUACACAAGACAUCACAGACAGGAGAGAAACCCCACAGCUCGUCUAAUGCUGAACAACACAAAACCCUCUCAGGAGACAGUUCUAGCUCCCAUAUCUGUGAUCAUUGUGGGAAGAAUUUUACCACAGCAAGAAGUCUACAACUACACAUACAGAACCUGAAGAGAUUCAGUGAUACCGUCACUGCAGAGAAACCACACGUGUGCUCUGAAUGCGGAAAGGGAUUCUCUCAGGCCUACAGUCUUAAGAUACAUUGGAGAACUCAUACUGGGGAGAAACCGUAUGUUUGUUGUCAGUGUGGGAAGGGUUUCACUGAAUCUGGAACCUUAAAGAGACACAUCAGAACUCACACAGGUCAGAAACCUUUCCACUGCCCGCGUUGUGGGAAGGACUUUAUUGAAUCUGGAGGUUUGAAGAAACACAUCAAAAGAGCUCAUCCAGGAGAGGAGGUCGUUGUCCCUCAGAAGAGCGUCCAUACAGGAGAGAAACCUUCCCAUUUCUCCUCUGACGACUGUGGGAUGAGCUUUGCUACCUCACGCGAACAAAGACUACAACGGAGAAAACACACAAGAGAGAAGCUUCGCAGCACGCCUGAUGCUAAGCAACGUAAGGAACCCCUCUCAGGAGAUGGCUCCCAUAUCUGUGAUCAUUGUGGGAAGAGUUUUAUCACAGCAAGAAGUCUAAAACUACACCUACAGUACCUGAAGAGAUACAGAGAUAACUUGACUGGAGAGAAACCACACGUGUGUUCUACAUGCGGAAAGGGAUUCAGUGAGGCUGGCAGUCUUAAGAGACACCUGAGAACUCAUACUGGGGAGAAACCGUAUGUUUGCCAUCAUUGUGGGAAGGACUACAAUGAUUCUGGAAACUUACAGAAACACAUCAGAACUCACACAGGUGAGAAACCUUACCACUGCUUGGAUUGUGGGAAGAAUUUCCGUGUAAAAAUAAGCCUGAAACAUCACCAGGAAAUUGUUCACACAGAACACCCUCACCGUUGUGGUCAAUGUAAGAAGAGCUUCAUAACUGCAGAAAGACUGGAAUCACACAUUAAGACACGACACCCGCCAAGUGAUCCUCUGAAGAACCCACAUGUGUGCUCUGAAUGUGGAAGGGGAUUCAGAUAUGCCGACAAUCUUAAAAUACACCUGAGAAUCCAUACUGGGGAGAAACCGUACGUCUGCCCUCGUUGCGGUAAGGAUUUUACUCAAUCUGGACUCUUACAGAGACACAUGAGAACUCACACGGGAGAGAAACCCUAUCACUGCUCAGUGUGCGGGAUGAAGUUUCGUCAUACAAUCUCGCUAAAGCAGCACCACCUGAAGAACCACAAGGGGGAGACACUGGGUCCCGUCCGUAUGCAUCAAGGCCCUCUUCCAUGCCCCCACUGUGGGGAGAAGUUCUCUACCAAGGCUCUUCUAAAGGAUCACCUGCAGAAGACCCACAACAGCAGAGUCCACUGCCCACAAUGCGACAAGACUUUCUCCACUAAACGUAAUUUACUAGUCCACCAGAGGAAACACACUGGAGAGAGGCCUUACCUUUGCCCUCAGUGUGGGAAGAGUUUCUCCCUGACAGGGAGUUUAAAACUUCAUCUCCGGAUUCAUGCUGGUGAGAAGCCUUACCGCUGUACUUACUGUGACAAGAGCUUCACAAGUAAGAGCCACUGCACUCUUCACCUGCGAAUCCACACUGGAGAGAAGCCGUACCAAUGCCCUGACUGCGGGAGGAGGUUUCGUGAUGGGAAUGUCUUGAAAAACCACCGGCGGACCCACACAGGAGAGAAACCGUUCCAGUGCCGCAUGUGUGAUAAAGCCUUUGCUCAGUUGAGCAGUCUGAAGAAACAUCAGGAGACACACAGGCAAACUCCGCCUGUCUCUGUCCCAAGACUCCCUAAUCCCUACCUACCACACAAUCAGCAUGUCCCUUAUCCCUACCCACAUCAGACUCCAUUGUAAACUGGUUUACACCUGUCCAAUCCCUUAUAGAUGUGUUUACUACUUCAAGGAGACAAGAUGUGAAGGAUGUGUUUUUUUAAAGGGGGGUAUAUUUGAUGUUGUAAUUGUUUUUAAUGGAGACAGGUUAGAAGUAGAGGGGGAGACAGAUGAGCAGGGAAGACAGUGAAGAGUAGAUGCAGGGAUUGAACUUUGGUCUCCAGUGGGGAGGCUGAGGCAUACAUAGAGCAUCCAGCUGUGUUACCACAAGACUACAGGCUAGGUACUACAGCUGGGACAUUAAUAAACCCAAAACGAUCUACAGCGAACAUACCAAUCACUUAUUGCAGGGCGUUUUGCUCGGUCAUUCAUUACGAUAAAUAACCCUGUACUAGAACGUUUCAAAUGAAACAAGUUUGUUAAUAUGGGUGAUUAUUAAUGGGACAAUUCAUGGCUAGAACCAUCAAACUAGAAGUAGUAUUUUUAAAAGGAUAAUUGAUUAAAACUGUGGUGCACGUUGAUGUUAUAAACGUAUUGUUCUAUAUGUUGUUAUCCACGUCAGUUCAAGCAAUUUAUGGCGAUUAUGGAGAUUUGUGACCAUAUCGCCCGCAGCUCUACUGUGCAUCUCUAAAGUAUUGGAACAAAACCCUAGACUUAGAACCCCCGUCGAAACCCCGACCUAUCACGCACCCUUUGGCCCUCACCUUUCCAUGUUGACAGAUCUAGAGGGAGGGAUUUGGGACCAGAUGACUUGAGGGAAUCAAAAGACAAACAGAUGGAAAUAGAACUCUACAACUGAACAAAAAAAAGUCCUGUUUCUCCACCCUUUUCCAUGAGUGGCACUGUCCCUGACAUGGAUUUAAAAGCAUGGGAUUGUUACAAGCAUUGGCUGGAGAGAGCUUCCACCAUUGUCAAAUCCAUAUCGAGAAUAGGAGAAUCUCAAUUCCUCGCGUCGGCUUCUCAAAACCCAUUGGAUGAGAAGGUCAGAGGUCCCCUCCGCUCUGACUUUCUUAUCCAAUGAGUUUUUGAGAAGGAGGCGUGGAGAGAGGACGCGAGGAAUCAAAGGCAAUUGAGAUUCUCCCAAAGUGUGCAAAUUUGCACACUUGUGGAGAAUCGGGACACCCGCCCAUGAAGUAGAAUUCGAUACAACUGACUUCCUCUCACUGGACCAUUGGACAAAGUAUUGGAUCAGGUGUGUUCUGAUUCCAAGUUCUGAAAGGCUCGUCUACAAACAUUCUAAAUGACUCACCGUGGGUAGAAUUCCACGGUGGUGCUUCCUGUAUAUAUAUUACUGGGAAAGGUAUUGCACUUUGUCUGUUUCAAACAUCUAUUAUUAUACUCUGCUCACAUUCUUGCCUCGGGGGGGGUUUUGUAUUAACGGUUGACAGUUAAAUCAAAUUGUAUUGGUCACAUACAGUUUAGCAGCAGGUAUAAAAGAUGCAGGGAUAUGUGAAUGUGCUCCCUCAACAAUACAGUACAUAUCAACAAUAAGAGUCCAGUCAAUAACACGUAGUAGAAGAGGUAGUAGAGGUAGUAUGGGUAGUAGUAGAAGAGGUAGUAUGGGUAGUAGAGGUAGUAUGGGUAGUAGUAGAAGAGGUAGUAUGGGU